CGGACCGCUUCUCCCCGCCUAGAAUGCGCUGCUGAGCCAUGAUUCGCGGUCCGGAGCGCUCGGCGCUGUCCGUGGCGGCGGCAACGCGCCUCGCCUGCUGGGCCGCGCUGCUCGUCGCGGUGUCGGCCGGCCUGAUUGGCGGCCACCGCGUCUCCGCGACGGCGCUGGCGCUGCGGCCCGAGGAUAGCCUCGCGCGGCUCCCGUACGGGGUCCGCGGCGGCGGCGGCGCGGAGGACCCGGAGGCGGCGCAGGGGUGGCUGCCGUGCCGGGACGGCGCGGCGAGCGCGCGGACCUGCGAGGAGCUGGGCGGCGCGGGGUCCUUCGACGCCGUCUGCGUCAUCGCCUCCAGCACCACCACCCUGUCGGGCGACGUCUGCGCGCACGGGACCGGCAGCGUGGAGGUCCGCGCCGGGGUGAGCAUCGCCUGCCGGGUCCCCGGCUGCCGCCUCGUGUUCAACGUCUCCGGGAGCAUCGCGGUCGGCGAGCGCGCCGAGCUCGUCGCCGGCUCCGUCGGCCUGCACGCCGCCAACGUCUCGCUGGGCCGCGGCUCCGCCGUCAACACCACCGGCCUUGCCGGCGCGCCCCCGCCCCAGACGUCCGGGACGCCGCACAGCCUCGAGGGGGCCGGCGGCGGGCACGGCGGCCGCGGCGCGUCGUGUAAGGUCUCCAACGACACCAACUGGGGCGGCGACGUGUACGCGUGGGCCUUCUUGGACAAUCCGUGGAGCUACGGCAGCAAGGGGGGGAGCUUGACUGCUGACGAGAACCUUGGAGGGGACGGCGGAGGCCGUGUCUUGCUCAGGGCGAGUGAGAUUUUGACAGUUGAUGGAGUUGUGCUUGCUGAAGGAGGCGUGGGCAGUCUCCGAGGGGGCGGUGGGUCCGGCGGGAGCAUUAUGAUCAAGGCUUUCAAGCUAUAUGGAAAUGGUACAAUAAGUGCUGGCGGUGGUAAUGGAUGGGGCGGAGGAGGUGGUGGGAGGAUAUCCCUAAAAUUUUACAGCAUUCAGCAAGAUUUGGAAAUUAUAGCUCACGGUGGACAGAGUUUUGGGUGCCCCCAGAAUGCUGGUGCAGCAGGCACAAUAUAUGAUAAAUCAUUGGAGACUCUAAAGGUCAGCAAUGGAAACUUCACCACGCAUACGGAAACUCCAUUGCUGGGUUUCUCAGUGACUAAACUUUGGUCCAAUGUGCUUGUGGAGAGCAAUGCAAAAGUGCUGGUUCCCUUGUUGUGGUCCAGAGUACAGGUGACAGGGCAAAUAAGGCUACUUACUGGGGGUAGCAUUUGCUUUGGGUUGUCUGAAAAUCCAAUAUCAGAGUUUGAGCUGGUUGCAGAGGAGCUUCUAAUGAGUGACUCUGUUAUAAAGGUGUAUGGUGCUUUCAGAAUGUAUGUGAAGGUGCUCUUGAUGUGGGAUUCGAAGAUUCAGAUAGAUGGUGGGGGUAAGGAUGUUGUUCUUGCAUCAAUGCUUGAGGCAAGAAACCUUGUCGUACUCAAGCAUGGGUCAGUGAUAUCUUCCAAUGCUGCUUUGGGAGUUUAUGGACAAGGACUUCUUAAUUUGAGUGGUCCUGGAGAUGGAAUCAAAGCACGCCAACUGUUUCUGUCUCUGUUUUACAACAUUGAAGUUGGUCCUGGUUCCGUUGUCCAGGCUCCACUAGAUGAGGAUGUUCGAAGCAGCUUGGAUGCACUUUCGAUCUGUGAAAGUAAAACAUGCCCUAGUGAGUUAAUCGCACCCCCCGAUGAUUGCCAUGUGAACAGCUCCUUGUCAUUUACAAUACAAAUUUGCCGUGUUGAAGACAUAACUGUCGGUGGCAUAGUCAAGGGGAGUAUAAUUCAUAUUCAUCGAGCAAGAACCGUGACUGUUACAGAUGGUGGUGCAAUAAGUGCCUCAGAGUUAGGUUGCAAAGCAGGCAUUGGUAGAGGAACAUUUCUUAAGUAUGGAGCUGGUGGUGGUGCUGGUCAUGGAGGCCAGGGUGGUAUAGGGAUUUACAACGGAAUGACAAGUGAAGGAGGUCAACGAUAUGGCAGUGCUUAUCUUCCAUGUGAGCUAGGAAGUGGUACUGGUUCUCCGGAGUCAGGCGAUGACAGUGCUGGUGGGGGAUUGAUAGUCAUUGGAUCCAUGAAAUGGCCACUUGCAAGAUUGUUAAUUUAUGGCUCUGUGAGCUCUGAUGGUGAAAGCAAUAGAGACACAAUUGGAAAUUCCAGUGGGUCCUUCAAAGGUGGCAUUGGUGGCGGUUCUGGAGGAACAAUUCUCUUUUUCCUUCAAGGGCUUCUGGUAGAGAAAAAUUCAUCAUUGUCAGCAUCUGGAGGCAAAGGAGGCAUACAUGGUGGAGGUGGCGGUGGUGGUGGCAGAAUACACUUCCACUGGUCAAAUAUUGCUACUGGAGAUGAAUUUGUUCAGAUUGCAUCUAUCAAUGGUACAGUAGCAUCAAGUGGAGGUUCUGGUAAUGAUGAUGGGCAUUUUGGAGAAGAUGGAACAAUAACAGGAAAGGAGUGCCCUGUGGGACUAUAUGGAACAUUUUGUACCGAAUGCCCAGUUGGAACAUAUAAAAAUGUUGCUGGGUCCAACUCAUCUCUCUGCACCCCUUGUUCUUUGAAUGCUCUUCCAAACCGUGCUGACUUCAUAUAUGUAAGAGGUGGUGUUACCCAGCCAUCCUGCCCGUAUAAGUGCAUAUCUGCUAAGUACAAGAUGCCAAAUUGUUACACACCACUUGAGGAAGUUAUAUAUACUUUUGGGGGUCCUUGGUCUUUUGCAGUUUUCCUAUUCUUUGCAAUUAUUCUUUUGGCACUCAUCUUAAGUGCCGUAAGAGUUAAGAUUGGUGAGAGUGAAGUCACGUAUCGGGCUACAAGUGCAAUCCACAAUGAUGCCUAUGCUUCUUCGCCUUUUUUGCUUUCAUUGGCUGAGGUACCUGGGGCCAGCAGGGCAGAAGAAACACAAAGCCAUGUCCACAGAAUGUACUUCAUGGGACCUAAUACAUUCCGAGAACCGUGGCAUCUUCCUUACUCGCCCCCUGAAUCUAUAAUUGGCAUUGUGUAUGAAGAUGCUUUUAAUCGUUUUAUCGAUGAGAUAAAUUUGGUAGCAGCCUUUGAGUGGUGGGAAGGUUCUGUGCAUAGUAUACUUGCAGUACUUGCAUAUCCUUGUGCCUGGUCUUGGAAGCAAUGGCGCAGAAGAAAGAAAAUCCAUCGUCUUCAAGAAUACGUUAAAUCUGAAUACGACCAUUCAUGUCUUCGCUCUUGCAGAUCACGGGCUCUAUAUAAAGGGCUGAAGGUUGGUUCAACUCCAGACUUAAUGGUCGCUUACAUUGAUUUCUUUCUGGGAGGUGAUGAGAAACGACUUGAUGUAGCGGCCACAAUCCAGAAGAGGUUUCCCAUGUGUUUAAUUUUUGGCGGUGAGGGGAGCUAUAUGUCCCCAUACCACCUACACAGUGAUACAUUACUGUCAAAUCUUCUUGGCCAGUAUGUGUCUACUGCGAUUUGGAACAGAUUAGUAGCUGGCUUGAAUACUCAGUUGAGGUCAGUAAAGCAAGGCAGCAUCCGGUCAACUCUGGGUCCGGUUGUUUCUUGGAUUAAGAGUCAUGGGAAUCCCCAACUUGAGCGACAUGGUGUUCGAGUAGAGCUAGGGUGGUUUCAGGCCACUGCUUCUGGUUAUUACCAGCUAGGUAUUGUUGUAGCAGUGAAUGAAAACUUCUACAAGAGUCACCACCAUCAUGAGCAUGCCCCAGAUUUUGGUGACCGCUCGAGGAAGAAUUUUGCAGUUCCACUACUGGGUUCCAAGCAGGCAAUUCAGGAUCAGCCUUGCACAAGCUAUGGUGUUUCCAGAAAGCGGUUGACAGGCGGAGUGACUGGUGGGGUCAUAAACGAAGAGACACUGAAGUCACUGGACUACAAAAGAGAUUAUCUAUUCCCUCUGUCGUUGCUCUUGCGAAAUUGCAGGCCUAUUGGCUAUGCGGAAACACUGCAGUUGCUUAUUUGUAUUGUACUUGUGGGUGAUUUUACCAUCACCCUGCUUAUGCUUGUACAAUACUACUGGAUAUCUGUUGGAGCUUUCCUUGCUGUACUGCUUAUUCCACCCCUUGCUUUGCUUUCCCCUUUUCUUGCUGGCCUCAAUGCACUUUUCAGCCGAGGACCAAAAAGAUCUUCUGUCACCCGCAUUUUUACACUUUGGAAUACUACUUCUGUCAUAAACAUUAUUGUAGCAAUCGUCUAUGGUGCUAUGUACUCUGGGCUAUCUUCUUUGACAGUGUCUUCAGCUCAGGCAUCAAACACCAAAAGCUUCAAGGGUAGGGAUGACGAUGGAUGGUGGAUACUGCCAGUUGUCCUGUUUGUCGUCAAGUCGCUUCAAGCCGGAUUGGUCAACUGGCACAUAGCAAAUCUGGAGAUCCAAGAUCAUUCCUUGUUUAGCCCUGACCCGGACAGAUUCUGGACAAUGUAGUGUACCUAGUCGCAAAGAUGGCAGAAUCUCAACGGCAUGGCACUGCUGUAUUUUGUCCCCUGUAGUCAUGGCGCUCUAGACCCGAAACUUGUUCCGGCAUAGUGUAGAUGUGCUGAAGUGAAAUUUUGUUAGUCCGGAGUAUGUACAUUGACCGUUAGAAUAGGUUUUGUUGUUUUGGGUGAACUAGAUUUCUUUAGUUUAUAGGUUUUUAGUUUGAGCUAGUGAUCAGAGUGUACAGCAAGACACAGGUGAUGCGAUUGGCGUUCGUAUGGUGUACAUUAUGUAUGUAAUAAAUAGUAGGAGUGAGUGCAUAUAAAAUCAGUGAAGUUCAUUUUUA